AUGGGCGUGGCCGACGCGGGCAGCAGCAGGGAGACGAGAGAAAGGACCGUUGGCCGCAUCAGGGGCGGCCUCACGGGGCCACGGAGAGCGCAGUGGGCUAGCGCGGAGACAGGGGAGCUCGGCAGCGGUGACUCCUGGGUUCUCCGCCGGGCUGCCGAGGCCACGACCUCUCUCAAGGCGGCGGCUGGACCCCGACGUCAGAUGACACGGGUGACGGAACUCUGCGUGAAGACCGGCGGAGACUGUGCCCGGGCCCUAGUCACCAGCAACGUCGGUGGACGCCGCGCCCCGGAAGCGCCGGCGGCAGCGGGCGCCCCGGGCAGGGCGCCCAAGAGAGUCAUCGCCAAGAAGGUGCGCGGAUCGGUCAAGUGGUACAACGUGAAGCGCGGCUACGGCUUCAUCAGCAGGCACGACACCCGGGAAGAGGUGUUCGUUCACCACUCGGCCAUCGCCCGGCGCAGCUCUCGCAGGUACCAGCGGGGCAUCGACAACGGGGAGGCUGUCGAGUUCGACGUGGUGCAGGGCGAGCGUGGCGCCGAGGCCGCCAACGUGACCGGGCCGGCCGGCGCCCCGGUCAAGGGCAGCCGCUUCCACCCUGGCUUCUACAUCGGCCCUAGCGUGCCGCAGCCGCGCCGUGGUGCCAGGGGCGCCGGCCGCGCCGAACAGGGCGUCGUCGUCGACGGCGGCAGAGAAGGCUUCGCCGCAGCCCCGGGCCAGCGGCGCCGCAGGCCCCGUGGUGCGCGCGCCCUGCGACGGCGGCGCUUCCGGCCCUUCCCCAAGGCCCGGGCCGCCCUUCGCCGCCUUGCCAGCUUCGCUGCCGCCAGUGGCCCGCAGGCCGCGUACCAGCCCGCGCCCGCCCGAGCCGCAGGGCCCGAGGGCGCACCGCCGCGCCGGGGCCACGGCCCCAGCUACCGGAUGAGCCGCCCCAGGGGCCGGGCCCCUGCGCGUGCUGCGAAGCCCUCCGCCGACCUCGCCCCCAGGCUGCCGGCGGGAAAGAAGGAGGAGAGCGCGAGCGACGCCGCGGGCCUGCAGCAGGGGCCCCCGCCCCGCUACGCACCCUGCCGCCCCAACGACCCGCGCCGUCGCCACCGCGCGCAGCCGCCGCCUGGCCAACAGGGCCAGAAAGCCGCCGAAGCAGCAGAGGGCAAGAUGCGGAAGGGCCCUGCUGGGAAACCCGCUGGCGCCGCCCAGAAGCCCGGCGCCUCCAAGGGGCCAGCCGCCCGUGCAAAAGCCCCCUCUGCUGCUCAGGCCCAGUAA